AAGUUGUAUGAUUUUUUCCCCAGAUAUAUUGAAACAAUUUGACAAUUUAAAAAUAUUAAUUGUUGUUGUUGUUUUAGUGAUAUUAUAAUCAGGGGUGCACAUAACUGGUACGCAGGUACGCAUGCGUGGCAAAAAUGAUGAACGCGUAACGUCAUUUUGUUACUACAGCGCUUUCGCGUACAAAACAGAAGAGCUCUUGACUGUGACCGUUUUUUGACAGCGUGCGAUUAAAAUUUCACCUUCACCAUUUGUUUUAUGUCCUUUCGGUUUAGGUACUGCGUUUAUGUUCGAAAAGUGUUUAUUCCUCCGACUCAGGACCCUAUUCUGCACCGGCGGAAAGCACCAUACAAAGUGGUUUCGUUUUGAAAUAAAAUAAUUUUGCGUGUUUUCCGCUUGUGGCAGUGGUAAUUUUUAAAUGAGGCGCAGCUGUGCGCAUUUUCGGCUACUUUAAGACGGCCAAAUGACAGUGUGCUCUUCACCAACAGUCUUUAGUCAGUGACGUUAUUUAUUAAACGAUAUUUAAGCGCCACGCACUCACAUGAUAUUAGAUACGUACUCAAAUAGCAUUUUAUUUUAUUUUAUUUUGGUUUUAUCACAAAAGAACAACUGAUUCUUUCAUACCAUUUUUAAUGAAACGCAAUACAUUUGUUUAAUGCAUAUUACGCUCAAGACGCAACCUUGUGUUCCGUCAAGUUGCACAAUGACGAUAAAAACCACAAAACCUCAAGGGAGCGAUCUGCACUUAAGACCUCGCUGCGGAGUGCGUACCAAACACCAGCUCCUGCUACUCACCUGAGGAACACACUCAAAAAGUUAUGUGCACCCCUGAUUAUAAUGACACAUUAUAAUGACAAUGAGUCAUAUGUCUACAGUAUAAUAAUCAUCAUUUUUAUUCUGCUAAUCUAUCAAAUUAGAUACAUUUAAAAGUUAAAAAAUAUUUGAUUAGUCAAAUACUAUUAUGUUAAUGUUUGUGAACCCAGAUGAGUUUAGAAUAAGUGAGUGUUUAUUAUUUAUUAAUAAAUGUUUGAUAAUUGUCUUAUGUAGGUGUAUAUAAUUAGUGAAAUAAAAAACAUUUUUUUUUUAUUUCUGAUCAAAAGUUGCAUAAACAACAAGAGACUUCCUGUGUCUUACUGUUUUUUUUUUUUCUGAUCAUGUUUAUUUCCUGAAGAGAAUGCCAUGAAGGAUCCAAGAAUUGACCGGGCUGUGGGGCUCUGUAAAAAGUUGGUGAGCUCCUUCUCUUACAGCUGGAAGCGUAAGAGAGGGUUUUUAGCUGCACAAAAGGAGAUGAAACUCCCAGAGCACUCACUGAAAACAGAGUGUCCAACAAGGUGGGGAUCACGUCAGGCCAUGAUAGAGAGAAUCAUCGAGCAACAAAAGCCCAUUGCACAUGUCCUGUCCUCUGACAAGAAGUCUCGUCAUCUUAUCCCAACAUGGCAGGACAUGGAUGUACUAGAGACAAUCAACAAAUCCUUGCACCCUCUAGUUAAUUUUACAGAUGCACUGUCUGGCGAGAAGUACGUCAGCGUGUCAUUUGUUAAGCCAGUUCUUCAUCUUUUCAACGCAUCAAUCUUGAAAGUUAAGGAUGAUGAUACUGACCUGUCAUGAGCAAUCAAGUCUAAAAUUUUGGAGUACCUAAACGAAAAAUACAGUGACCCAGACAUCCAAGCUCUAUUGGACAUGGCAUCUACGGUGGAUCCACGAUUUAAGAUGAGAUACAUGGCUGAGGACAACAAAACAACAAUUCAAUCCAGACUCAAAGCUGAGAUGCAGACUUUGGCAAUGAUGGUGCCACCCCAAGAAACAGCACAAGAGACCAGCGAGGAGGAUGCUGAAGCUGGAUGUGCCCCAAAGAAAAAGAUGACUUUAGGAAGCUACUUUAAAACUGCUGAACAAGCCUUGCCACCUAACAACCAGAAAUCCAGUGUAGCCUGUAAGCUGGAAUCUUACUUGCAGUCAAGCUACCUGGAUAGUGAGGGGGACCCAUUAAAAUGGUGGAAAGAACAUGAAAAGAUCUACCCAAGGCUUUCAAAAGUGGCAAAAAAAUACUUGUGCAUACCAGCCACAAGCUCUCCUUCAGAGAGAGCUUUUAGUUCCGGUGGAAAUGUAGUUACUUGCUUGCGGUCUUCCCUAAAGCCCGAUCAAGUUGACAGGCUUGUGUUCUUAGCCAAAAAUCUGUAACAUGUUGUAAAAAUUUUUUAUUCUUAUUUGAUUUUAUUACAAGUUGAUGUAAAAGAGGCAGUUUAAUUGUAUUUAUUUACCACA